AUGAGUUUCUAUAAUUAAUAGAAUGAUGAAUUAUAUUAUAAAUUGAGUCUUCUAUUUGUAGAAUCAAAGAAUAAUAAGAAGGCAUUGAAAUGUGUCAAAUUCUCAUAUGAUUUUGAAUAUAAUUCAAGUGUGAGAGAUUUAAGGGAAAGAAUUUUAUAAGUAAAUUUAUUAAAAGAAUAUAAUAGAUUUAAUAGCAACAAUAAUUCAAAUACUGAUCUAGACUAUUUUGGUUUGGCAGUAAAUGCUCUCAAACAUAUAUAGAAAUCAUUUUAAUAACAAUAGGCUAAAUAUUAGCCUUAGCCUUAACACUUUUAUUAUGAUAAAAAAUUAUAUCUGAUAAACGAUGAUCCAUAAAAUAGUUCCCCUUGAAGAGCGAUAAAGAAGGAGGUAGAUCAUCCUUCUCCUAGAAAAAAGAUUAAUCACACUAAGCCUAUUUUUUAUAAAGAAUAUUAACAUAAUAAAUAUAAGAAAUAGCAGAUUAUCCUUUUGCAUUAUCAAUAAUAAGCUAAUUAAUCAGAACAUAUAAGAAAAAGAAUAAUUUAUUGA